ACUUUGCAACCAUCUUAUAGGAGAAGGGAAUAUUAUUCGUAUCAGUUGGCUUCAUCAAUUUAUGCUUGGUUUGGACUCAGCUCAUAUUUGUUUCUGAUGAAUAAUCAGUGGCAAUGAUAAUUACCAACUGCAAGUUUGUUUGUAUGAAUCGCAAUCGGAGUAUUUACGCGUAAAAACAGGUCUACCAGUUUGCGGUGUCGUGACUGUGCAAGAUAUUGUAUGGAAAAUACUCUCUCUAAUUGGUCUGCUGUUCUUUCAGUGUAAAAUUAGCAUUAAAGCAAUGAUGUUAGAGCGGUUUUCCGUAUUUUCUUGUUGUUUUUACUGAUUGUAAUCAAAUUAUGGCCUUGUUAGAUAGUAUUUCACUCGCAAGCAAGUUCAGAGGCUGUUUAGUUGGUUGUUUGUUAGGAGACUGUCUUGGUGCUCCAUACGAAGCGGAUUAUGUUAUUUCUAAAACAGUACUUCAGAAAUACUUUGAUAAGCUGGAAGGACCUUACUUUAAAUCACCUGUCAAACAGUAUACAGAUGAUGCAGCUAUGACAAAAUGCCUUGCAGAAUCUUUGAUAGCACAACAGAAAUUUGAUGCCCUUGACGUUGCUAAACGAUUUGUGAAGGAAUAUUUCAAUGAGCCAAGACGUGGAUAUGGACAACAGGUUGUAGACAUUUUCCACAAAUUGCGAGCACAGAAGUUUGUGGAUCCCUUUGGUCCAGCAAAAGAGCAAUUUGAUGGGUUAGGCUCAUAUGGAAAUGGUGCUGCUAUGAGAGUGGCUCCUCUAGCCCUGUUUUGUCACUCCAAUUAUGAGGAACUUUUACAUUUAGCCAGACAAUCUGCUGAACUUACUCACACACACAAAACUGGUUAUGAUGGUGCAAUUCUCCAGGCUAUUGCAGUACAUCAGAGUCUUCAUUUAGAUCCAAAACAAACACUGGAUGUACAGAAUUUUUCAUCCAGACUAAUAGAAAAGAUGUCCCAAAUUGAAGUGGACUGUGAUGAUUUAAACAUAGAUGAUCCAUAUCCAUAUCAGACACAGCUAAAGAAAAUGCAGGUUCUUUUGGACAAAGAAGAAGGUGCACAUCAUAAAGAGGUUGAGAACAUUUUGGGAAACAGUGUAGCUGCACUAUACUCUGUUCCCACUGCAAUCUUCUGUUUUCUAAGGGCAUUUACACCUAUACCAGAAAUAGAGACAGACAAUCCAUUUAGACGUACUAUCCAGUACGCUAUCUCCCUGGGAGGCGACACAGAUACAAUAGCCAACAUGGCAGGAGCUAUUGCUGGUGCCUAUUAUGGGUAUGACAGCAUCAACGAUAAUCUGCAGAAACAUUGUGAAGCCAUAGAGCAGUUCACUGAGUAUGCUGACAAGUUGCACAAGAUUACCGUCUCCGAAUAGUGUACAUAUCAGCUUUGUAAUAUUGUUUAAAAUGUAGACAAACAAAUGUUCUUUUAUUGUGACCUUGAAACAAAGUGAAAAAUACAUUACUUUAUAAUGGUC